CUAAUGGUAGAAAGCUCAGACUUUCAUUUUGAAGAAAAAACUAUGAGAGAAGCUAUUGGCAUCAAACGACUUCAAGCACCAAAACAUGAUCAAGAAGAUUUCGCACAAUUAGUGCCUCCAUGGCUGACAACUAUGUACAGGACCGUGUACUAUGCGGCCUGCAUCACGCACCCGGAUACUAAGAAGAACGACUUGGAUCGCUUUUGCAUCGAUUGCAUUCGAGCUUUCUGUUACCAUUGCCUUCCUGCUCAUGCUCGUCACACAUACGUUAAGAUUAGGAGAUACGUGUAUUGCGAAGUAAUCAAUAAGCAAGACCUAUGCAAGCUCUUCGAUUGUUCGGGCAUACAGGCAUAUCAUACAAAUAAAACAAAAGUUCUGUUCUUGAAGCAGAGGUCCCAGCAACAAAUAUUGCAACUACAACAAAGUCAACCAAAUAAUUCAAGGGACCAUAGUUGCAUCAUUUGUCAGAGAAGUUUGCAAGAUGUUUCCCUCUAUUGUAGUAUUGCAUGCAAGGUUACUGCUAUCUAUAGAGGCGAAAACAAAGAGGAAAGCAUUCAUGACCGUCAUAAUCUCAUUAUUGUUGAGAAAAGUGAAGGCUUGAAGACCCAAAAGGGCUACGACAAAGAAGGCCUACUACCGCAAUCAUCAUCAUCACCCAAAAGGCAGAAAGUUAGGAAAGGAGUCGCUCUAAGGGCUCCUUUGUUUUGAACCACUACAGUGUGAAGAGAUUUGUACUAGCUCCCUCCGUAUU